GUUUACAUCUGAUUUGGGUCGCUGGUGGAUUUCGGAUUGGGUCGGGAACGGCGAGCAAGUGGCGGCAGGAUUCCCCAGGGAAUGCUAUGAUCUGAACUGCCGCAUUAUGCUGCUUGCUGGCGUUCCCUGGCUCACAUUGUUGUUUUCAUUGCCUUCUUCUUAUACGCUCUUCUACGCCCUAAUCAUUAGUGCCUCCGUUCUACAUGUGCGCAUCAGCGUGUUUGGUCAAUUGCCAUGGGGUUACCCUAGGCCAUCUUUGAUACCUUUGUCCGUUAUAUACAUUCUUCUGCUUCAAGUCAUUCGUUCAACCUUUUGAUCUAUUACUUUGUUCGUGACCACUUAAUGUAUUGCGUUAAAUCGUUGAUAUAGUGAUGUGUUUAUGUGUCCCC